UCAAACACCACAUCUCCUCUAGGUACACUAGUCUCGGCUCACACCAUCUGCACCCAUUUGUAGUUGAUACAUAACAAUGGCCUCCACGAACAGCUGGACCCUCGAGUUGGAGUCGAAGGUGUCCGCUCCACGCAAGUUCCGUGCCAUCGCCAUGGACUGGCACACUCUGGCACCUAAGCUUGCCCCACACAUCGUCGAAAGUGCCCACCACAUUGAGGGAGAUGGCGGCGUCGGCAGCGUUCGGCACUACAAUUGUGGCUCAGCCAUUCCCUUCAACGUCAUGAAGAAGAAGGUUGAGUUCCUUGAUGUGGACAAAUGCGAGUGCAGAUACACCCUAGAGUGUGACGGUGUUGAGACGUCCACGUGGAGCAUCAAGAUGAAGCCAACGGCCAACGGUGGGAGUGUGGCGAAGGUGGAAUGCACGUCCAAGGGCGUGCAGGAUAAUGACAUGAUGCUCAAGGCCAAGGACUCGGCUGCCGAAAUGUUCAAGAAUGUUGAGGCCUAUCUCAUUGCCAACCCUGACGCCUACAACUAAGUGACUAAAGAGGGAUCAUCCAAAAUAACACUACAUCUCCGUGAUCAAAUAAAACUGCUCCAACCUCAGUUGGUAUGCUAGAGCAAGCUAAGUGUGGACUAAACAAGUUAAAUAAAAUAAAGGUGGGUGUGAACUUAAGAAGUUAAAUAAAAGAAAGCUAGGUGUGAACCUGAGCGUGUUUGUUUGAA